AUUAAUAUUAAUUAUUAUUCUCUAUAAGAGCUUCACUUCUCACUUGUUUUCUAGCUCCGGUUUGAUAUUCCCAAUCUCUGUCUCUCUCUCUCUAUUCAAUCCUUUCAAGUUUGAAAGGUUUUUCGUUGCUUCACGCUAUGGCCUGGUGGGAUUUAAGACCCUUCUUUGGUUUUCAAUCUUUUAGGACUCGCUUUCAGGAUUUAUCAAGAAGGAGUCUGGGGAUCUUUGCUGAGACUGGUGCUCACAUUUCAUCCAUUAAUUUUCCAUUGAUAGCCACAAAGAAUGAAGAGGAAUUCAGGAUGAGGGAAGUGCAGCUUGGUUCACAUACUGUAAGUUCUCAUGGAUAUGCAGUUGUGAGAACGCACAAGCAUGAUUGGCUCAUUCUCUUGCUCCUUGUUUUGAUUGUUAUCAUCCUGUACAUUAUCCAUCCUUUCUAUCGAUUUGUGGGGAAGGAUAUGAUGGCUGAUCUCAAAUAUCCCCUGAAGAGUAAUACAGUUCCUGUUUGGGCUGUUCCUAUAUAUGCAUUUUUAUUGCCUAUGGUGAUCUUUCUUGUUGUCUAUGUCCGAAGGAGAGAUGUCUAUGAUCUUCAUCAUGCUGUACUAGGUCUAUUGUUCUCCAUUUUAUUAACAGCAGUAAUUACCGAGGCAAUAAAAAAUGCAGUAGGCCGACCUCGACCAGACUUCUUCUGGCGAUGUUUUCCAGAUGGAAAAGAUGCUUAUGAUAAAUGGGGAAAUGUCAUUUGUCAUGGUGACAAAAAGGUCGUAAAGGAAGGACACAAGAGUUUCCCGAGCGGCCAUACUUCAUGGUCAUUUGCUGGUCUCGGAUUCUUAUCAUUGUACUUAUCUGGAAAAAUAAAAGCAUUUGAUCGCAGAGGUCAUGUUGCAAAACUUUGCAUUGUUUUCUUACCACUACUUUUGGCAUCACUUGUUGGCAUUUCUCGAGUUAAUGACUACUGGCACCACUGGCAGGAUGUGUUUGCUGGAGGUCUUUUAGGGCUUAUAGUGGCUACAUUUUGCUAUUUGCAGUUUUUUCCUCCUCCUUAUCAUUCAGAAGGUUGGGGUCCUUAUGCAUAUUUUAGAAUGUUGGAAGAAUCAAGAGGUAUGACAGAAGCUCCUAAUGUUCAAAAUUCUGGUCAAGCACAGUUAACAGAGGUUCAGGCUGAGAGCAAGCAGGGACAAAGUUGCCAUGGGUGUAUGGGGUUAUCUUUAUCACACGAUCACACUGAAACAUUGGAUGACGUUGAAUCUGGGAGGAGAUAAAUUAUGUACAUCUGAUGAUCUUGCUCUUUGUAUAUCAGAUCCUAGGAUUUAAAACUAGCUAACACGUUUUGCUGAAUAGAUGUUUUCUACGCAAUUAGUCACUAGUGUCUCUGAAAACUUUGAAGCGUACAUGUUUCCAAGAGUCAGAUUUGGUACAAUUAACGUCAGUUAUUUCUUAAUUUGUGAAUACGUGGACAUGAGAAAAUACGAAAUCCCUUGACUGAAGA